UAGCUAUAGCUCAUCAAAAUCAUAGCUCUGUAUAUGGUCUGGUAUACCACGGCUUUCAGCCAAUUAGCAUUCAGGGCUCAAACCAUCAGUUUAUAAAAUGCUACAACACAGGGAGAAGCAAAACGGGAGUUGGUGCAGAAAAAUUGUAAGUGCGCACCGAACAGGGCAGCGCGUGUCGGAAUUUUCUGUAGCCUAUGCUGAGGUGAAGUUGAAGUGGAGAGCCAGAGCCAAGACGUGACAUUUUCGACUGGAGGUGGAAAAAGUGUUGUGAGAGGGAGAGAAGAAGAGAGAGAGAGAGGGAGAGAGUGGAGCGUAAAUAAGUAGCCUACCUAUAGCGUUUACUUUCCUAACGCAUCACAGCAGGACCGUGGAUCGAAUCUCAAGGCACUUAGCCCCUACGGACAAGGACAAGGCAGUGCGGAGCAGGAGCAGGCGAUGUUGUGGAGUGUGGGUUUUGGUGGCAGGAUGACUGUAGCCAAGCUCCUCCUAUUCAUCUUCAUCCUCCACACGUUUUGCGAAGCCUCCAACCAGCCUCCACGCUUCCAGAACUACUUUUUCCACUCAUACCUUCUCAUCUAUGAGAACACACCAGUUGGCACAUCAGUGACCCAGCUAGAGGCUCUGGACCCAGAACAGGAGCCACUCAUCUUUGGUGUCGUGGGAGAGGAGGCCAUGAGGUACUUUGCCGUGGCGAGAGACACAGGAGUGGUGUGGCUACGACAGCCUCUGGACCGCGAGACCAAGUCGGAGAUGCAGGUGGAGUUCUCUGUGAGUGACAGCCAAGGGGUGGUCAAAGACACAGUAAAUAUCCAGAUAGGAGACGUGAAUGACAACUCCCCAACUUUCCAUGGCCAGCUGUACACAGUACACAUCGCAGAGAACACUCCAGUGGGCACCUCAGUGUACCAGGUAAAUGCCACAGACCCAGACCAAGGCACAGGGGGAAGUGUGCUCUUCUCCUUCCAGCCCCCUUCUCCCUUUUUCUCCAUCGAUGGAGCCCGUGGUACGGUCACUGUCACCAGGGCCCUGGACUACGAGACCACCUCGGCCUACCAGCUCACUGUCAAUGCCACGGACCAGGAUAAGAAGCGGCCUCUAUCCAGUCUGUCUAACUUGGCAAUCACCAUCACUGAUGUCCAGGACAUGGACCCUAUCUUCACCAACCUGCCCUACAGCACCAACAUAGAGGAGGACGCCCCACUGGGCUAUGAGGUGCGCAAGAUAAAAGCCAUUGACCAGGAUCUGGGGAGACCGAGGGGCAUUGGCUACACCAUCAUCUCAGGCAAUACCAACAGUAUCUUUGCUCUGGACUACAUCAGUGGCUCUCUGACGGUAAAUGGACAGCUGGACAGAGAGAACCCCCUCUACUCACCCGGAUUCACUUUCACCGUCAAGGGCACUGAGUUGAACGAUGACCGUACACCGUCAGAUGCCUCGGUGAUGACCACCUUCACCAUCCUGCUGAUUGACAAGAACGACAACGCGCCCAAGUUCAACAGCUCCGAGUACCGUGUGCACAUCACCGAGCAGGCCCAGGUGGGCUUCGCCCUGCCUCUCUUCAUACAGGCUGAAGACAAGGAUGAGGGAGUGAAUAGUAUGUUUCAGGUGUUCCUAACGGGGAACAACUCGGAUCACUUCACCAUCUCCCCCACGGCAGUGCAGGGCCGGGCUGACAUCAGGAUGAGGGUGGCCGUGCCUCUGGACUAUGAGAAUAUUCGCGCCUACAGCUUCUCUCUAUUUGCCAAUGAGUCCAUGUCAGACCAUGUGGGUUUUGCUCGUAUCUAUAUUGACCUGAUCAAUGAGAAUGACAACCGGCCCAUCUUCAGUAAACCUCUGUACAACAUCAGUCUGCCUGAGAACACUCCCAGAGGCACCUCCCUGCUACGCAUCCAGGCCAUAGACGGUGACUUUGGCACAUUUGGGGCCGUGCGGUACUACUUCAGUGACGAGCCUGACCAGUUUUUGUUGGAUGCUGAGACGGGAUGGGUGAGUCUGAGGGGAAAUCUGGACUACGAGCUGAUGCGUCGGUUCACCCUGACCGUGCUGGCCCGGGAUGGGGGUGGAGAAGAGACCACGGGCAGGCUGAGGGUCAACGUGCUGGAUGUCAACGACAACACACCACUCUUUCAGAAGGAGGUAUACAUGGGUUCUCUGAGAGAGAAUGAACAGACCACACAGCAGGUGGCCCGAGUCAGGGCUACAGAUGAAGACUCUCCCCCUAACAACUUCCUGACCUACACCAUCACAUCAGCAUCUGUAUUCCGUAGUUACUUCAGAAUUAUCAUGGUGGAGGGCUACGCAGUGAUCAGUGUGAACAGCCCACUGGACUACGAGAUGGUCCCUGAAGGACUGAUCUACCUGACUGUGAUGGCCAAAGAUGGGGGGAACCCAGCCCUCAACAGCAGUGUCUCUGUCACCGUGGAGCUGUUUGAUGAAAAUGACAACCCACCAAAGUUCAGCAAGCCAUCCUACAUUGCCAAGAUCCAUGAGGACAUCAUUGCAGGGGCGACAGUUGUGUUUGUGAAUGCCACUGAUCUGGAUGCAUCCCGAGAGUUUGGACAGGCCUCCCUCAUUUACUCCCUACAGGGCUCCUCCCAGUUCCGCCUCAACACUCGCUCAGGAGAGAUCACCACUACAGCCUUACUGGACAGAGAGCUGAAGUCGGAGUAUAUCCUUAUUGUCAGAGCAGUGGAUGGAGGGGUGGGGCCACUGCAAAAAACUGGCAUUGCCACGGUGAACAUCACCGUCCUGGACAUCAACGACAAUGCCCCUAUGUGGCGAGAUGAGCCCUACCAUGCCAACGUGGUGGAGAUGAGCCCCAUGGACACUGACGUAAUCUCUGUGCUAGCGGUAGAUCCAGACGAUGGGGACAAUGGGACAGUGGUGUACAGCAUCAGCCCAGAGAACCCCUUCUACACCAUCAAUAGCAGCACAGGGAAGAUCAGGACCAGCGGGGUUGUGCUGGACAGAGAGAGCUCCAACCCCAAAGACACACUGCUCAUGAGGACCAUCAUCGUGUCUGCUGUUGACAUUGGCAGACCUCCGCUGCGUUCCUCAUUCAGCACCACGGUGUACGUCAACCUGCUGGACCUGAAUGACAACGACCCCACCUUCCUUAACCUGCCCUUUGUGGCCGAGGUGCCAGAAGGCCUGCCUAGUGGAUCCUCUGUGUUCAAGAUCCAGGUGGAUGACCCUGAUGAGGAGGAGAAUGGUAUGGUUACCAUGGCGCUACAGGUGGGCAUGCCACGCCUUGACUUCUAUCUCAACAGCACCACGGGCGUGCUGUACUCCACAGCAACGCUGGACCGUGAGCAGAUUGGCCUGUACCACCUGAGGAUUGUGGGAUACGACCAAGGACAGAACCCGCGCACCUCCACCAGCACCCUCACCAUCACAGUCCUAGAUGCCAACGACGAGACCCCCACAUUCUUCCCCAAAGUGUACAAUGUGUCCCUGCAGGAGAAUGUACCCAGGGACGAUGUGGUGGCUCACCUCAACUGCUUCGACAACGACUCCGGCCUCAAUGCUGAGCUCAGCUACUUCAUCACAGGUGGUAACCAGGAUGGUAAAUUCAGUGUUGGCUUCAGAAAUGGUGUGGUCCGGACUGUGGUUGCCCUGGACAGAGAGACACAGGCUGCAUACACACUGGUCAUAGAGGCUAUCGACAAUGGUCCAUCAGGCAGCAGGAGGACAGGCACAGCCACAGUGUUUGUAAAAGUACUGGAUGUGAACGACAACAGACCCAUCUUCCUCCAGAACAGCUACGAGACCAGCAUACUAGAGAAUGUCCCCAUAGGAACCAGCAUCCUUCAGGUGCAGGCCACAGAUGCAGACCAGGGCGAGAACGGCAGGGUUUUGUACAAGAUCAUUUCUGGAAACAGUAAAAGUCUGUUUAGCAUCAAUGAGCUCUCGGGGCUUGUGACGCGGGGCCAGAGGGCUCUGGACAGAGAGAGCAGCAGCUCCCACGUGCUAGAGGUAGAGGCCUACAACAGAGACCAAGGCAGGAUGAGGAGCUCCGUACGGGUGAUAGUGUAUGUGGAAGACGCCAACGACGAGCCACCAGUGUUCACCCAACAGCAAUACAACCGCCUGGGCCUAAGGGAGACCGCUGGCAUUGGCACCUCUGUAAUCGUAGUCCGAGCCACAGACCCCGACACCGGUGAUGGCGGGGCUGUGGCCUAUGCCCUCGUCUCUGGGUCCGACCAUAAGUUCGAUGUGGACGUGAGCACGGGCCUGGUGACCACUGUGGACUACCUAGACUACGAGACCAAGACCAGCUACCUGAUGAACGUGUCGGCUACUAACCAGGCACCGCCGUUCCACCGUGGCUUCUGCACGGUCUACGUGACCUUACUUAAUGAGCUGGACGAGGCAGUGGCGUUCUUCUCGGCGGGCUACGAGGUGUCAAUCCUAGAGAACAUCGCCACGGGAACGGAGGUGGUGCAGGUACAGGCGCAGUCGGCGGACAACCUCAACCAGCUGUCGUAUCGCUUCGACCCGGACACAUCGCCAGCCGCCCUCACCCUUUUCAAGAUUGACAGUAUCACAGGUCGUAUCACAGUCACAGGUCUGCUGGACAGAGAGAAGGGGGAUAUCUACACCCUGACUGUAGUGGCUGAUGAUGGGGGACCAAAAAAAGACUCCACUGUGAAAGUGUCAAUCACCAUACUGGAUGAGAAUGACAACAGUCCUGAGUUUGAUAUCACAUCUGAUUCGUCGGUGGAGAUUCCAGAGAACACGCCCAUCGGGAAGAGAGUGGCUGUGGUGCUGGGGCACGACAAAGAUGCUGGGAAUAAUGCACUGGUGAACUUCAGUCUGGUGGCAGGGAACAUGCAGGAUGUGUUUGAGAUCCGGACAGUGAACCACACCAAUGGAGAGAUCUACGUCAACUCCCCUCUGGACCGAGAGUCUGUUGACCGCUACCUGCUCAAGGUGCGUGCCAUGGACAGCGGUGUGCCUCCCCACUACAGCGACCUCUCUCUCACUGUCAACAUCCUGGACGUCAACGACAACACACCCAUCAUCGAGAGCCAGGGGGGCUACAACGUCAGCAUCAGUGAAAAUGUGGGGGGUGGUACGUCCGUCCUGCGCGUGGUGGCCACAGACCAUGACAUCGGGACAAACGCCAUGCUCUUCUACUACAUCACCUCGGGUAACCAGGACCUCACCUUCCGUAUGGACCGCAUGACAGGUGAGAUGACAACCCGACCAUGCCCACCCGACCGUGAGCGCCAGCAGGAGUACCAGCUAACCGUGAUGGUGGAGGACGACGGUACACCUCCACUAUCGUCAUCGACCACCAUCUACGUGCAUAUAGUGGAUGAAAACGACAACGCACCAGAGUUUCCAGAGGAGGAGUAUGUGACGGUGCUGAGCGAGGGCCCCGACACCUUGGGGGCCACCAUUGCCACAGUAACCGCCAUCGACCCAGACGAGGGCCUCAACGGCACCCUCCGAUACACCAUCGACCACGGCAACCUGGCCAUCACCUUCUGCAUCAAUCAAACUACCGGAAAGAUUGUUGCAGUGAAGGAGCUGGACUUUGAGAUCAGCAAUGGACACUAUGCACUUGUCGUCACAGCAACAGACCAGUGUCCCAUCCAUGCCCUCCGCCUGACAUCCAGCACUACGGUGUUGGUGAAUGUCCUGGAUGUGAACGAUGUGACCCCCACCUUCCCCAAGGUCUAUGAGGGGCCAUUUAAGAUAACAGAGGGCCAGCCGGGGCCCCGGGUCUGGACCCUCAAAGCCACUGACCAAGACUCUGGACUCAACGGCAAAGUGGAGUACAGCAUCACUGCCGGAGACCCCCAGAAUGAGUUUGUGAUAUCUCCAGUGGAAGGAGAGCUGCGUGUGAGGAGAGAUGUGGAGCUGGACAGAGAGACCACACCCUUCUACAACAUCACUGUCAUGGCAAAAGACCUGGGCAAACCACCACGCAGCAGCAUGGUGGUGGUGGGUGUCCAUGUUCUGGACAUCAAUGACAAUGACCCCGUGCUGCUCAACCUGCCCCAUAACACCAGUGUGAGCGAGGGGGCGUCCGUCUACACCUCGGUGGCCAUUGUCAGAGCGCAGGAUGUAGACAGUGGACGCAACGCCCUACUCACCUACAACAUCACUGCUGGAAACCGCUACGGCGCCUUUUACAUCAAUGACACUACAGGGGUGGUGCAGGUGAACAGGCCUCUGGACAGAGAGAGGGUGGCGGAGUACAGACUGGCCAUUACAGUCAAAGACAACCCUGAGAACUCCCGCAUUGCUCGCCGGGACUCAGAACUGCUGGUGAUCACAGUUUUGGAUGAGAAUGACAACAGGCCCAUAUUCACACAGACCGGCUACCGGGCUGAGAUCACUGAGAACUCCCCCACAGGCAGUGCUGUGUCAAUGUUGAACGGACCAGUGUUGGCUGAGGACAAAGACAUUGGGCCCAAUGCUGUGGUCAGGUACCAUCUGCUGGGAACAAGACAGGACCUCUUCACUGUGGACUCUGAUACAGGUGUGGUGCGUGUGCGACAGGCGGCGCUGUUGGACCGCGAGAUGUUUGUGGAGCCUCGGGUGGAGCUGUUCCUGGUGGGGGAGGAUGUGUGGGGGCUCAACAGCAGUGUACCCCUCACUGUGACAAUCCUGGAUCAGAACGACAACCCCCCUGUCUUCAACCCCCCCAGCCUAACUGUGCACCUUCCUGAGAACAGCCCCACUGGUGUGGUGGUGACCCAGCUGUCUGCUAGUGACGCUGAUUCAGGCUCUAACGCCUGGCUGCUCUACCGGCUGGAAAGUGGCGCGCAGGACCGCUUCAUAGUCGACUCCCUGUCCGGCGCCAUUCUGGUGGGCAACGCCAUCCUCGACCGUGAGGAGCGUGGCUCCUACCGCCUGGUCAUCUUGGCUACAGACCGCGGCACGCCCUCGUUGUCGGGCACUGCCACCCUGUCGGUCAUCCUGGAUGAUGUCAACGACUCACGACCACGUUUCAUUGAACCCGUGACGACUAUCAAUGUAAACGAGUCUACACCACCAGGCGUGGUGGUGGCUACGCUCGCCGCCGAGGAUCAUGACCUACGACCCCGGCUGGAAUAUUACAUCAUCUCUGUGGAGGCCAAGGAUGAUGGGAAUAACCCUGUAGAUGGGCUGCAAGAGUCUUUCGGCAUCGAUUUCCACACGGGUGCUGUGUUUGUGCAUAACCCACUCAACAGAGAGCUGGUGGCCACAUUUGAGAUCCUUGUGUCGGUGCAUGACAACGCCAGUGAUGUCAUCGACAUGUCAGUCAGCGUACCUAAUGCGAGACUGACCGUGAACGUGCUGGAUGUGAAUGACAACGCCCCGCGGUUCAGACCCUUUGGAGUUGCCAACUUCUCAGAGAAGAUUCUGGAAGGCGCUCAGCCAGGCACCACUCUGCUGUCGGUGUCAGCCGUGGACCCAGACAAAGGCCCUAAUGGACAGGUCAUCUACCAGCUGCUACACUUGCCCCGAGGGGACUACCUCAGACUGGAGGACCCCUCUACUGGUAAGAUCGAAGCCAACCGGACAGUGGACUUUGAGCAGGUGCAGUGGCUGAACUUCACAGUGAGAGCUCAGGACCACGGCAGUCCACCCAGAGUGGCUGAGCUUCCUGUCUACCUACGUAUAGUAGACAUCAAUGAUAACAAGCCCAUCUUUACACAACCCUCUUACCAGAAGCCAGUGUUUGAGGAUGUUGACUUGGGCACGGUCAUAGUGACAGUCAGUGCCACAGAUGCAGAUUCGGGCCUCUUCUCUGUCAUCGAGUACGGCCUGGUAGACGGAGAGGGCAAGUUUGGCAUCACUCCCUCCACUGGUGACAUCUACAUUCUGUCUCCACUGGACAGGGAGACUAAAGACCACUACACCCUGACGGCCAUAGCUAGGGACAACCCUGGGGGCAGCCCCAACAACCGACGGGAGAAAUCUGUUCAGGUCUUGGUGACCGUUCUGGAUGUGAAUGACUUCCGUCCACGGUUCUCAGAUCAGGUCUUUGAGACCAGUGUGUUUGAGAACGAGCCCAGUGGGACAUCUGUGAUCACGCUGACUGCCAAUGACCUGGAUGAGGGGGAGAAUGGUCUGCUGUACUACAGCCUGCAGGGCCCAGGGGCAGAUGCCUUCUCUCUGGACGCUGACACAGGCCUGGUGCGUUCUCUCCGUCUGCUGCAGUCCUUUGAGUGCUUUAACCUGACGGUGGUGGCUACAGACCAGGGCAAACCACCCCUCUGGGGCACCGCCACCUUACACAUCAUCAUCAUAGAUGUCAACGACAACAGGCCCAUGUUCGUCAGGCCCACCAAUGGCACCAUCAUGCACAUCAUGGAGGAGCAGGCCCCAGGCCUGCUGGUGUACGAGGUGUUUGCGACAGAUGGGGAUGAGGGGGUGAAUGGAGAGGUGCGCUAUGCAUUCCUCCAGACAGGUUCUAGGAACAGAGAUUGGGAGAACUUCCACAUUGACACUAUUACAGGAGUUAUCACCACCGCCGUCAAACUGGACCGAGAGAAGCAGGCCCUGCACAGCCUGAUUGUUGUGGCCUAUGACCUAGGUCAGCCCGUGCCUUAUGAGACAACCCAGCCCCUACAGGUGGCGCUGUUGGACAUCGAUGACAACGAGCCUGUCUUCUUCAAGCCCCCGCGAGGCAGCCUAUCGUACCAGACUCUGUCUGUGGCAGAGCACUCUACUCCAGGGACAGUAGUGGGUAAUGUGAAAGGAGCUGUGGACGCCGACGAAGGCUCAAACGCUGUAGUCUACUACUUCAUAGCAGGGGGAGAUACUGAGGGGAACUUUGGCCUGAACCCAGGGGGCAUACUGAAGGUGAAGAAGGAUCUGGAUCGUGAGGACAUCUCAGUAUACUCCAUCAUCGUCAAGGCCUCCAGCCACAGGAAUUGGGUCCCACCCAGGGAUCAGAGGUCUGCCCGGGGCAGAGCCCUUGACCCCAGCCAUGACCCCACCCUGCAGGAGAUCAGAAUCUACCUGGAGGACAUCAACGACCAGCCACCGCGCUUCACCAGGCUGGAGUACACUGCAGGUGUGGCAGCUGAUGCCAAGGUGGGCUCAGAUCUGAUCCGGGUACAGGCCAUAGACAACGACAUAGGGAACAACAGCCUGGUGCUGUACCAUGUCCUGUCCAUUCGCUACAUUAAACUCCAGUCCAAUGACUCUGAGGACAUAGGAAAUGUCUUCAUCAUAGGCGAGACAGAUGGGAUCAUCCGCACCUUUGACCUGUUCACGGCCUACGACCCGGGCUACUUCAUGGUGGAGGUAUUGGCACGGGACCUGGCGGGCCACAGUGACAUCACCAUGGUGGACAUCUACAUCCUGCGGGACAACCAGCGGGUGAAGAUCAUCAUCAACGAGAUACCCGAGCGGGUUCAACAGUUCCAGGAGGAGUUUAUCAGCCUGCUAUCCAACAUCACCAGAGCCAUAGUCAACACGGACGAUAUGCAGUUCCACGUGGACAAGAAAGGCAGAGUGAAUUUUGCCCAGACAGACGUGCUCAUACAUGUGGUCAACAAGCAGACCAACCGCAUCCUGGAUGUGGAAAAGGUGAUUCAGAUGAUUGAUGAGAACAAGGACCAGCUGAGGAACCUGUUCAGGAAUUACAACAUCCUGGACGUCCAGCCUGCCAUCAGCAGGAGAGCACCUGAUGACCUCACAACGCUACAGAUGGCCAUCAUUAUCCUAGCUGUGUUGCUCUUCUUGGCAGCCAUGUUGUUCAUCUUCACGAACUGGUACUAUCGCACAGUACACAAGAGGAAGCUGAAAGCCAUUGUAGCAGGAUCCACAGGAAACCAAGGUCUAAUGGACAUCCUGGAUAUGCCCAACACCAAUAUAUACUCAUUUGAGGGGGCCAACCCUGUUUGGCUGGACCCGUUCUGUCGGAACCUGGAGCUAGUUGCCCAGGCAGAUAAUGAAGAAGACCUGCCAGUGAACCUCAGUGAGAUCACUGACCUGUGGAACAGCCCUGCUCGGACUCACGGAACGUUUGGUCGCGAGCCCCAGGCCAAGCCUGAGGAUGACCGCUACCUGAGGGCAGCCAUCCAGGAGUACGACAAUGUCGCCAAGCUGGGCCAGAUCAUGAGGGAGGGGCCCAUUAAGGGCUCACUGCUCAAUGGGGUUUUGGACAACUACCUGAGGCUCAAAAAGCUAUUUGCAGCCAGACUGGUUACCAAGUCGACCAGCCAAUGCGACCAAUCGUCAGUCACAGAGCUGAUCCAGAGUGACCUGGAUGAUGACGAGGAUGACCGUGUGGGCAUGGGUGACAGCUGGGGCACGCUGCGAUUCAGACACAAGCUCCCCGUUGAGAUGAGGGGGCCCGACGGCGUCCACAGCAGCACGGGCACACUCCUAACCUCUGACCUCAACAGCCUGCCCGAGGACGACCAGCGGGCCCUGGCAAGCUCCACAGAGGCAUUGAACAUCACCGAUGGCGGGUUGUACUCCGAGCGCAACACCCGUACCGAGUCAGCCAAGUCCACACCGCUGCACCGUAACAAGGAUACUGACACGCUGACCGAGAGCCCACUGGAGAUCACAGAGUUAUGACUAGCCGAGGCCUCGCUGGUCUGAGAAGAGACACGACUGAGUGGAGUGUCCUACUGCUGUCCCCUUGCCUUCUCCCCUAUCCUCUCCUCAAAAACUGAGGGUCAGACACUGACCACUGUGACCAGGAUACAGCCAGGGGAGAUUGGGGAAAGCGGGUAGAGGGCCAGGGGUUGGAGGAGGUGGAGUGUGUGCAGUCUGGGAACUUAAAAUGUCAGUGAAGAUCUUUGUGAGCCAUGGAUGGCGUGUGUGAGGGAUCCCUUCAAAGAUGGAUAUUAAUUUGGUUUAGUGUCUAAUUGUGGACAAGAUGCAAAGACUUAGGGGCUCCUGAGUGGCACAGUGGUCUAAGGCACUGCAUCUCAGUGCUGGAGGCUUCACUACAGACAUCCUGGUUUGAAUCCAGGCUGUAUCACAACCAGCCGUGAUUGGGAGUCCCAUAGGGCGAUGCACAAUUGGCCCAGCGUCGUCCAGGUUUGCGCCGGCAUAGACCGCCAUUGUAAAUGAGAAUUUGAACUUAACCGACUUGCCUAGUUAAAUAAAGGUAAAAUAAAAAAUGACGUGUCAAGCGAGGACCUGGAACAUAGAAUAGCCGACCAAAUUGAAAGACUACUAAGAUUAAACAUCGUGAAAAAGAAUACACUAUGGCCAGCUUGUCUUGGACAUCUCUUGCAGGACACCAUUUGGUCUCCUACAGUCAUUCUAAGAUGGAGGCCAAUACUGCCUUCAUAAGGGGAGACCUGUCCAACAACAGCCUACUGUCAGACAGAAGUACAGUGUCCUUCUGGAGUUACGUCCUAGGUUGCACACACUCUCACAAAAAAAAGCCAGACCAGCGAACGGCCAACAAAUGGACUGUCAAAAAUAGUUAACAUGACAUAGAAAUGUAUGUUUUUUAUUUACUGUAAAAGAGGUAAGAGAUGAGCACUUAUUGGGUGAGGAAGGGAAGAGGGUAUACAUAAGGACAUUCUUUGAAUUGAAAGGACUUGAGGUUUGGAUAUGGGGACUGCAGUGCCCUUCUGUUCUGUCUCCCAAUGAAUGGGUUGUCUUGGGUAUCCCGAAUUUGGAGACCUAACUGGACACCAACAGACAUAGGUCUCCAUCAUGAUAUUUGACUAGAAAAGGACUACAGGACUCGUUUAAUUAUGUCAUCAUUGAGGAGCACAGACGAAGAGGAGGCUUUGUCUGGAUAUUAGCACAAGAGACAAUAAAUAAACCCACUCUGCUAUGGUGGCCAAGUAGCCUGGUUAAACCAGACUGAACGCUGAGCUCACCACUGUAACAUCUGUUUUGCGUGCCAGGCUAGUGGCCCAGCAGAGCAGCUCUAGGACUGAAUGAACCAAUAAUAAAAGAGAACACUCACUGUUACUCAAAGAGUACACUGAUAGACAGAGCCACAGCGAGUGCAUCAAUACAGUUCCUCGCUUCAAGUUACAUGGGCAAUAAAAAUAAUAAUUGGGACUGAGUAAGAGUGGAACAAUGCCUCAGUAUGGAACUGGAAGCCUUAUCUUCAGGCAAAAUUCAAUCCAUAGCACUGAAGAUCUGCGGUAUAGCAAGAUUGAGCCAAUAUAUGCAGUGUUUACCGUGAAUGCAGUCUCUGAGAACUGGGUUUUUAAAUUUCAUUCGCGCUAUACCCCAGAUCUUCAACCCUAUGGACUGAAUCUAGCCCUUGGAUUGCCAGAAGGGGUAAGGUGGGAAUAUAUAUAUAUAUAAAAGAAAAAGAGGGUAUGCUGCCCCACAAAAAAAAACUUGACAUUGCCACCAGUGUGAGUUCAUGGUCAAAAUGAGCAGGAUUUGCUUUAUUGUAAAGCAAAAAUAUAUAUCAUAAAAAAUGACCCGAAGAAAAAAAAAUGCUCUUACCAAAAUGGGUAGACAAAAUGGAUGUUUGAAAUAUGUGUACUACAUUGUACUUUGGAGACAUUUGUUGGGUUUCCUUUUGAAUAGCAACCGUUUCCCGACCUGAGUGUUAUGCAUGAUUUAUUUUUAUAUUCCCAUUUGUCAUUGUCACCCAGCCCUGAGUUAUGUGUUGAGAAAUGUUGUUGUGGAUGAUCUGUGAUAAAAAAAUAAAUAUGCAACUGCCUCCG